AUGGCGGCCGGCGUGGCGACGUGGCUGCCGUUUGCGCGGGCCGCGGCGGUGGGAUGGCUGCCGCUGGCCAAGAAGACGAUGCCCAAACCUCCUGUGGACAACUCGUCCAGAUCAGAUGAGAUCCUGUACGUCAACGUCAGCGGGGUCAGGUUUCAGACAUGGAAGAACACUCUGGAUCGAUAUCCAGAGACGCUGCUGGGCUCCUCAGAGAAGGAGUUCUUCUACAACGAGGACACGCAGGAGUACUUCUUCGACCGAGACCCCGAAAUGUUCCGGCACAUCCUCAACUUUUACCGCACCGGGAAGCUCCACUACCCGCGCAACGAGUGCAUCCAGGCCUUCGACGAGGAGCUGGCCUUCUACGGCAUUGUGCCGGAGAUCAUCGGAGACUGCUGCAUGGAGGAAUACCGGGACAGGAAAAAGGAGAACCAGGAGCGUCUUGCGGAGGACACGGAGGCCAACGAGGCGAUGGACGCGCCCCUCCCUCCACACAGCACCUCCAGGGAGCGUCUGUGGCGAGCCUUCGAGAACCCCCACACCUCCACCAUGGCGCUGGUCUUCUACUACGUCACCGGCUUCUUCAUCGCCGUCUCCGUCAUUGCCAACGUGGUGGAGACGGUCCCCUGCCGACCGCCCAAAGGCAGCGUCAAAGACCUGCCCUGUGGCGAGAAGUACCAGCUGGCCUUCUUCUGCAUGGACACGGCCUGCGUGCUCAUCUUCACCUUCGAGUACCUGAUGCGCCUGUUCGCCGCGCCCAGCCGCUGCAAGUUCAUGCGCUCGGUGAUGUCGGUGAUCGACGUGGUGGCCAUCAUGCCCUACUACAUUGGCCUGGUGAUGCCCGAGAACGAGGACGUGAGCGGCGCCUUCGUCACCCUCCGAGUCUUCCGCGUCUUCCGGAUCUUCAAGUUCUCGCGUCACUCGCAGGGUUUGAGGAUUUUGGGCUACACGCUGAAGAGCUGCGCCUCCGAGCUCGGCUUCCUGCUCUUCUCCCUCACCAUGGCCAUCAUCAUCUUCGCCACCGUCAUGUUCUACGCCGAGAAGGGCACCAAGGGCUCCACCUUCACCUCCAUCCCGGCCUCCUUCUGGUACACCAUCGUCACCAUGACAACGCUCGGGUACGGCGACAUGGUUCCCAACACCAUCGCCGGGAAGAUCUUCGGCUCCAUCUGCUCUCUGAGCGGCGUGCUGGUGAUCGCCCUGCCGGUGCCCGUCAUCGUGUCCAACUUCAGCCGAAUCUACCACCAGAACCAGAGAGCGGACAAGAUGAGAGCGCAGCAGAAAGUGCGUUUGGCUCGGAUCCGCAUGGCGAAGAAAGGAACAGCCAACGCCUUCCUCCAGUACAAAGAAGACCGAGCCCUCGGGGACCGGGACAGCGACAGCACGGCGCUGUGUGUGAAGAACAGAUCAGCGUUUGAGCAUCAACACAACCACCUGCUGCACUGUCUGGAGAAGACGACGAACCACGAGUUCACAAACGAGAUGAACUACAGCGAGCUGUGUAUGACCGAGUCGGUGGGCUACAGGACCAGUCGCAGCACCUCCCUGUCCAGCCAGCAGGGGGCGCAGAACAACUCCACCGGCUGCUGCCCCCGCCGGGCCCGCAGGAGAGCCGCCAUGCGACUGGCCAACUCCACGGUGUCCGUCAGCCGGGGCAGCGUCCAGGAACUGGACACGCUGCACAUCAAGACCACCUCCAUACCUCCACAAACUCGCUCCAGUCUGAACGCACAGAUGGGCGACCUGAAGCUGAACUGCGGGGAGCAAGACUUCACCGCCGCCAUCAUCAGCAUCCCGACGCCGCCCGCCAACACGCCCGACGAGAGCCUCCCCCCAUCGCCCGCCCCCAUCCCCGCCAUCCUGCGCAACACCCGAGCCACCGCCUACACCCAGGACACCGUCAAAAUCUCCUCCUUAUAACCUCCGACUUCCACUUCCCCUUCGACACCCACCCCGCCGUCCCGCCAGCCAACCUCCCCGUGAACUUCCUUCGAAACCUCCGAUCCUGAACCCAGGGCACUGCUAGCUGAGAUUUCGGGGACAAACUCGACUCAGAUGGAUAUUUUGAGUACCGCUGGUUGCUUUCACUUCCUCUUGUGGAUUACGUGGACCGAAAUGGAAAAGACUUACGGCACGGGAGACACAAAGCAGCCGAGCUCGGAAGCAGAAGGCGAGGAAUUUAAAAAGGAUCAACUGUUCUCCCGAAGCUUUUCCUAAGUCCUUGACAAUCCUCCCUCAUCGAUUUACCCCGACACACACCCCCCCCCCCCCGCGCACACUUUUGACCUUUGAGUCUCAUUGCACAAAAACGUGGAAAGGUUCAUCCACGAAGGUCGACAAGUGAUGCCAAGACUCCCAAAGAUCGACAUUCACCAAACACCCGGGACCAGCUGCCCGGUUGGACUUGUUGGGUCUGUUUUGCGUAAACUUCAGAGGAGGGAUACGA